AUAUCGGAAACUUUCAUUAAAUUUAGGUAAUUGAUACACAACAAGACCACAAGUCCACAACCAAUCAAAUAUUUUAAAAAAAGUUGGGACUUCUCAAAAAAGAGUUUGAAAAGGAGGGAAAAACCUCCCCCACUUUGCACACAAACCCCAUUCCUCAUUUCCAUAAACCCUAAAAAAAACCAGUGACAAUUAACACACUCUCUCCCUGUUCUUCCCUCUUUCUUUCCUUCAAAUUCUUUAAUUACUCCCAGAAAAUGCUCUGACAUUUUUAAAUUUUUCUUCAAUUUCUCUCUCCAAUUUUUGAACCCUUUUCCCAAAUUUCUCAAAGGGUUCAACCUCUCAAGCUCAAGCUAUAUCCCAUGGCGAGGCUUCUUCGCCACGCUUCUUCUUUGCGACGCUCUCUGUUUCCUCCAGAGAGCUUCAGGAGAGAGGUGUUGGGAAUGUCGUCUUUUCAAUGCAAAGAGUUUUCUUCAAAAGGUCGAAAGAAAAAAUCAGAUGGAAGUGACUCUAAUGAUGAAGGCCUGUCAAAGAAAGAAUUAGCUCUUAAACAAGCGUUAGACCAAAUCACGACUUCAUUUGGAAAGGGAUCUAUUAUGUGGCUUGGUCGGUCUGUAACUCCUAGAAAUGUCCCAGUGGUGUCUACUGGGUCAUUUGCUCUAGACAUAGCAUUAGGCAUUGGAGGACUCCCUAAGGGGCGUGUGGCUGAGGUUUUUGGACCAGAGGCAUCUGGGAAGACUACUUUAGCCCUUCAUGUAAUUGCUGAAGCUCAGAAGCAAGGAGGGUACUGUGCCUUUGUUGAUGCUGAACACGCUCUUGAUCCAGCUCUAGCAGAAGCUAUUGGUGUAAAUACACAAAAUCUGCUUUUAUCACAGCCAGAUUGUGGUGAACAAGCUCUUAGCCUUGUGGAUACUCUCAUUCGAAGUGGUUCACUUGAUGUUGUGGUAGUUGAUAGUGUUGCUGCCCUUGUGCCAAAAGGAGAACUUGAUGGUGAAAUGGGUGAUGCACAUAUGGCAAUGCAAGCAAGAUUAAUGAGCCAAGCACUUCGAAAAUUAAGCCAUUCAUUGUCUCAGUCACAGUGUAUAUUACUAUUUUUGAAUCAGGUGAGGGCAAAGAUUUCAACUUUCGGAUUUGGUGGUCCUACCGAAAUUACUUGUGGAGGUAAUGCUUUGAAGUUCUAUGCGUCGGUGCGCCUGAACAUCAGGAGGACUGCAUUUGUCAAGAAAGGAGAAGAGAUUGUCGGGAGUCAGGUCCUUGUGAAAGUCAUAAAGAACAAGCACGCACCUCCUUUUAGAACUGCUGAAUUUGAAAUCGAGUAUGGCAAGGGCAUAUGCAGGGAUGCAGAGCUCAUUAGUCUGGGUGUCAAGCACAAGCUUAUAAAUAAGCAGGGUGCUAUGUACGCCUUCAACGGCCAUAAUUUCCGUGGGAAAGAUGCAGUUAGAAAGUUUCUCAUUGAGAAUGGAAGAGAUAGAGAUGAGCUUGAAACAACGCUUAGAGAAAAACUACUACAUUCAACAGAGGAGGCUGUAGAAGGAGAUGUCACUGAACCAGCAGAAGAAACAGUUCUGCCUGAUGCAACUGAUGAAGCUGUAGUCACUGCCGCAGAAGCAUAAGAUAUACAGAAAGUUCUUUUCUGGAUGGCUUUUGGUGUCAGAUAAUUCAAGCAGCUUCUACUACGGAGUAGUUGUGAUCAAGCAUGUGCAGGAGCUAAUAUAAGGUUCUGAAUACGUAGAGGAUUUUUGCUUGCAAUUGUCAGGGUAUACUUCAACCUAUAAGUUAAUAUAUCAGUGCUUAAACUGGGAUGGGUGAGAGAGUUUUGGCGGGUCUCUAAGACUGGAGAGAUUCUUAGCUACACCCAAUGUGUUAUAGGAGUGAGGUUAGUUCUUUGAUAUUUUGAAUAGUGUAUAUUUCACUAAUUUAAGACAGCUCAAAUCUCCUUGUUUAUGGUGGUAGCAAAGCUCAGUUGUGUAUCAUAGUAUCUGGAAGAAUAUUAUGAAGAAUUUUGGCCUAAAAUGCAGUGAUUGGAUUGACACAC